AUGAUUGUAAAAACGCAAUAUUUGGAGAUCCAAUCGAAACUGCCAAAGUAUUUUUUACUAAAAAAUAAUUUAAUAAAAAUACGCCUCUUAAAGGUUUGUGCCCCUUCAUUAAUAUAUAAUCUACAAAAUAAUUUGUAUUAUGUGGCUUUAUCCAAUUUGGAAUCCACAACAUUUUGUGUCAUUUAUCAAUUAAAAAUUUUAACAACAGCAAUUAUGUUGAGAAUAUUGCUUGGGAAACUAAUUUCUAGAAUACAAUGGAUUGCUCUUUUAAUUCUUGUAUUAGGAGUUGCUAUAGUUCAAAGUCAGUAUGAGCCUCCAGCAAGUCAAUCCAGUAAAGAACAAAGCUUCUUUGUUGGAAUGUUAUCCGUUCUUACUAUGUGUAUCUCAUCUGCAUUUGCAGGUAAAUUUGGUAGAAAAUUUAUGCUUAAAAAGUCCGCACGUACAAUUGCAUUGCUUUUUCCCGUUUUAUAA